AGAUAUUCUUAUAUCAGUAUAUUGAAAUAUCUUAAAUUGGGAAUAUCAUUUAUUGAACUUAAUUCAGUAAUUGUUAUUAUUAAGCCUAACUUAUCUGGGAAUUUGUCAAGCAUCAGAAAAUGCAGCAGCCAGGAAUUGGUGCACCACCACCACCUACAACAUGUAAAUCAAAAGUGGAAUUGAGAAUUUCUUGCAAUCAUUUGCUAGACAAAGAUAUAUUGUCAAAAUCUGAUCCGCUUUGUGCAUUGUAUAUCUUACAAAAUGGAAGGUGGAGCGAGCAUAGUCGAACAGAGAAAGUGAUGAACAAUUUAAAUCCUCAAUUUACGAAAACAUUUGUUGUUGAUUAUUAUUUUGAAGAGGUUCAAAAACUGAAAUUUUGUGUUUAUGACAUCGACAAUGCUACACAAAGUCUUGCAGAUGAUGACUUUCUCGGUUCCAUGGAAUGUACAUUGGGACAUAUUGUAUCAAGACAGUUGGUCACACAGCCGCUUGUCCUCAAAAAUGGGAGACAGGCUGGUAAAGGGACAAUCACAAUUUCAGCAGAAGAAUUGAGUGGGAGUAAUGAAGUGGUUUUUCUGCAAUUCAAAGGAACCCAUUUAGAUAAGAAGGAUUUUUUUGGUAAAUCAGAUCCUUAUUUGGAGAUAUUUCGACAAGCAUCAGAUGGGAGAUGGUUGCUAGCACACAGAAGUGAAAUUAUUAAAAAUACAUUAAAUCCUGUCUGGAAACCAUUCAAAAUUUCAUUGCUUACAUUAUGUGGUGGAAAUUAUGACUCAAAAUUACAGAUGAAAGUGUGGGAUUGGGAUAGUGAUGGUUCAUCUGAUUUUAUUGGUCAAUUUGAAACAAAUUUUCGAAGGUUUUUAGAAUCAUCAAGUAGUACGGUUGAAUGGGAAUGUAUCAAUGCAAAGAAAAAGCAAAAGAAAGGGGGAAAGUAUAAGAAUUCUGGCAUCAUCGGACUCAUGUCUUGUAAGGUGGAAACUGAAUAUACCUUUCUGGAUUACAUUAUGGGUGGAUGUGAAAUAAAUUUUACAGUUGCUAUUGAUUUCACGGCGUCGAAUGGCGAUCCUCGAACACCACAAUCAUUGCAUUUUAUGAAUCCAUCUGUUCCUAAUGAAUAUGUGAAAGCUUUAAGAUCAGUGGGACAAGUUUGUCAAGAUUAUGACACAGACAAAUUAUUUCCCGGACUUGGAUUUGGCGCCCGUAUUCCGCCACAAUAUCAAGUAUCUCAUGAAUUUCCUUUAACUUUCAACUGGCAGAAUCCAUUUUGUGCUGGUGUUCCUGGUUUAGAAGCUGCAUAUCAGAAUUGUAUAUACCAGGUCCAGCUUUAUGGUCCUACUAAUUUUGCUCCUAUUAUUAAUCAUGUUGCUAAGUUUGCUUAUACUGCGUCACAAGAAAAUACUGCAAAAAAUUACUACAUUCUUUUAAUAUUAACGGAUGGCGUUAUAUCUGAUUUUGUUGAUACGAAAGAUGCAAUUGUAAAUGCUUCCUAUCUUCCAAUGUCAAUCAUUAUUGUUGGUGUAGGAGGAGCUGAUUUUACUGAAAUGAAUGUAUUAGAUGGAGACGAAGUUAGAUUGAUGUCAAGACGUGGUCAGCCUUGUGCGCGAGAUAUUGUACAGUUUGUGCCUUUCAGAGAUUUCAAUAAUGGGUGGGCAAGGUUUUUGAAACAGGGGCCAAAAAUGUGCCCCCCUAAUCUGGCGAGCCAUUCGCCUCCUGAGUUGUUGGCAAAAGCUGUUUUGGCAGAAGUUCCAGGACAAGUCCAAGCUUAUUUCAAAUAUCACAACAUUCAUCCAACACAAAGGCAAUUAGCACCAAAUGCAGCAGUGAAGAGACAAGCUCCUCCUCCACCUAUGUAGCAUUGGUGAUCGAAGACUAAGCCUCUGCCACUUUCAUUUAUUUGCAUUUAGUUUUCAUUUAUUCAGAGAUAAGUGAUAUAGUAACUGGAUCAUUUUACAUCAUAAUCAUAUACUACCUAAAUUUCUUGACUUUCAUUCGAUUUUGAUUAAAAUGUUUGUACUAGCAUGGUGUCGCCUUUUACUUGAAAUGUUAUUAUCUUGAAAAUUUCCGUAACAAUUACCGGUACAUUUGUUUUUAUGCAUACUUCUUUCAAAUGUUCAAUCAUGUUUGUAUGCUGAAAGUGAAAAACACUUAGUUAAAUGUUUGAACCAAUACAGUGACCUGAGUGCAUACAUCCAAAUUUUGUUAAUAGCAGCAGAAGAAUGCUAAAUACAAAAUCUAAAUCCUAGUUGAACAGUGUUAGUGAAUAGUAAAUGGCGACUAUCCUUAUUAGUUAUCAUUAUUACUAAAACAGCUUGUCAAUGGAUUUUUAUCAUCUGGAAUACUUUGAUUUCUAUUAUUAGCAAGGAUUUUAUCAUUAUUUUGAUAAUUAAGAGAUUGUAUCUCUUUAAUGUAAUUUAUCAUUGUUGCCUACCUUGCGUGGUGUAUCUGGUUUUGGCAUUCCAAUUUUUUUAUGCUUGAUCUACGUACUAAGUCGGGCUUAUUUUAUUUCUUUGUCAUCUUUUGAAGUAGCCUUUUGCAUUUUUAUUAAGAUUAGCAGAUUUAUGCUAGAAAUUAUAUACUCGUCAUUUUUACUUCUAUUUUUAUAUUCUUACUUUUUUGAUGGUUUUUGAUUAAUAAUUUGAUAAUUCAGUGUUUCAUUGUUGCUUAGAAAAAGCUUGCUAUUAUUGCCUUAUGUUUUGCUACCGUCUUUGAUAAGACGUGUAAAGUGAUAAUUAAAUUUCAGAGAUUAAGUGAAUUUGUAAUAUUCCUUUGUACUAUUUUGCCCCAAAUUAUAAUUUUCAGUCUUUACCAAUAAUUUGUUAUUGCUUAAAUUAACAUGUCAAUAAAGUACUACUUACGA